CACCUCUCUCUCUCUCUCUCUCUCCCCCUCCCUCCCUCGGUCUCGCUUUGGACAGCCUUUUUUCGGAUAUCUCUACCCUCGGCGGUCGUUCAGCUGGUCGGACCGUGGCUCCGCUGUCAUCCGCCGCCAGAUUUGCCGGAGGAAACCUCAGAAUUUUUGAGUAUGAGUUCAAUGAACUCCGCGUCAAAUGGUUCUGAAAAGCAAUCUGUAUUUGAGGAGCAGAGAGCUAAGAUUGGUAUAGUAAGAGCAUCAUUAGGCACAUUGCCAGACAAAUUAUCCCUUUAUUGUUCUGAUGCAUCAAUUGCAAGAUAUCUGGCGGCAAGAAAUUGGAAUGUUAAGAAGGCAACUAAAAUGCUGAAGGAAACCUUGAAAUGGCGCCUUCAAUACAAGCCAGAAGAAAUUCGCUGGGAGGAGGUAGCCAAUGAAGCCGAGACAGGAAAAAUUUACAGAACUAAUUACUUCGACAAGCAUGGGAGGAGCAUUCUUGUCAUGAGACCUGGGUGCCAGAACACAAAGUCAACAAAGGGACAGAUUAGAUACUUGGUAUAUUGUAUGGAGAAUGCUAUUAUAAACCUUCCACCAGAGCAGGAACAGAUGGUGUGGCUCGUUGAUUUCCAUGGAUUCAACCUCUCAAACCUAUCAGUGAAAGUAACAAAGGAAACAGCCCGUUUACAAGAUCAUUACCCAGAAAGACUGGGCUUAGCAAUUCUGUACCCACCAAAGUUCUUCGAGUCUUUCUGGAUGGUGGUGAAACCCUUUCUAGAGCCGAAGACUUACAGAAAAGUUAAGUUUGUGUACUCUGACGACCACAGCACCAAGAAGAUCAUGGAAGAACUUUUUAACAUGGAUGAACUAGAAUGUGCAUUUGGGGGCCAUAACCAAGUGGGUUUCAAUAUCAAUGACUAUGCGCAGAGGAUGAGAGAAGAUGAUAAGCGGAUUCCUUUAUUCUGGAGCCAAGAGAAUGCGUCUAUGUCUUCUAAAACCAUUGGAAAUGACAAUGGCAGUCCUUGACACAGGCAACUCAGAAUCAGAUUCUGAUCAGUCUGAUAAAGAGUGUGAAGGCAAGUCGAGGA